CAUGCUACCAAAAGUCGAAACAGUGGAUGUUUCUAUCAAUAAGUGGGUGUAACACCAACUUCCUUCAAAAUAAAUACACGACAACAACCGAGCCGACAGUAGCUACUCUUCUUCUUACAAAACCCAAAACCUCUGCCAAAUCAGAACCGUGGAAAGAGGAACAAAAGAGAAAAUCAAUGGCUACAAUUCACCGAUUUAUGUCUUCUACCAUGAUGAGGCCCACUCUACCUCUGCCCCAUUCUCCCUCCCAUCAUCAGUUCCUGACUCGCAACAUCUCAACCAAUUCCUGUUCCAUCUCAACAUCCCACAAUCUCCCAAACCCUAAAUACCAAACCGCCCGGAAAACCGGGCCGCCCCGGUCAGUCGAGCUGGACCGAAUUCCGUCCACCUCCAACGACAGUGGUAGUGAUGAGAUGAUGAGCGAGGGAUUCUUUGAAGCGAUCGAGGAAUUGGAGCGGAUGGCCCGCGAGCCGGCCGACAUCCUCGAAGCGAUGCACGGCCGCCUCUCUGACCGGGAGCUGCACUUGGUCCUGGUGUAUUUCUCCCAGGAAGGACGGGACUCGUGGUGCGCGUUGGAGGUCUUCGACUGGCUGCGGAAGGAGAACCGGGCAGACAGUGAGACUGUUGAAUUGAUGGUCACGAUCAUGUGCGGCUGGGUUGAUAAGAUGGUCCAGGGUGAUCACGCUGUCGGUGACGUUGUCGGGCUGCUCAAGGACAUGGAGUGCGUCGGGCUCACGCCGAGGUUUAGCAUGAUUGAGAAGGUGAUUUCGGUGUAUUGGGAAGUGGGGAAGAAGGCAGAAGCGGUGAUGUUUGUGAGGGAUGUUUUGGAGCGGGGCGUUGAUUAUACGGUCGAUGGUGGGGAGAGCAAUAGGGGCGGACCCACUGGGUAUCUUGCUUGGAAGAUGAUGGUUGAUGGAGACUAUCUGGGUGCGGUUAAAUUGGUGAUCGAGUUCAAGGAAAGUGGGUUAAAACCUGAGGUUUAUAGCUACCUUAUCGCAAUGACAGCAUUGGUUAAGGAGCAGAAUGAAUUCUCAAAAGCUCUACGUAAGCUAAAAGGCUCAAUGAAAGAUGGUUUGAUACCCAAACUUGACACAGAGGACAUGGGACUCAUUGAAAAAUAUCAAUCCGGUCUUAUCCAGGAUGGGGUUCGUUUAUCUGAUUGGGCCAUUCAAGAGGGAAGCUCUGGACUUUUGGGGUUAGUUCACGAAAGGCUUCUUGCCAUGUAUACAUGUGCUGGUCGAGGGCUUGAGGCCGAGCGCCAGUUAUGGCAUAUGAAGCUUGCAGGUAAGGAGCCUGACAGGGAGCUUUAUGACAUCGUUUUAGCCAUUUGCGCCUCCCAAAAGGAGGAUGGUUCUGUUCGGCGGUUGCUUGCCAGAAUGGAGGCCAUGAAUCUGGUGCCUGGAAAGAAGACCUUAUCAUGGUUGCUGCGUGGUUAUAUUAAAGGAGGGUACUUCGAAGACGCUUCAAAAACUCUAACAAAAAUGCUCGACUUGGGUUUGAAUCCUGAGUAUCUGGAUAGGGUGGCCGUGUUGCAGGGAUUAAGGAAAAUCAUCCAACAGUCAGGAAAUGUUGAGCCUUAUCUCAACCUCUGUAAGCGCCUUGCUGAUGUGGAUCUGAUCGGGCCGUGUCUUGUAUAUCUGUAUAUUAGUGGCUAUAGACUUUGGGUUAUAAAAAUGGUGUGAGAGCUUCAGUGGAAGGCGUCGAUUGGAGACUGAUAAGGGAUGCAUGAAGAGGCUGGCAGAGCCUUCCUGGAGAGGAUUUUCUAUGUGAAUUUGUAUAGCUAUGGAUACCUGUAGAAAGAUGAAAGAAUUUCAAACUUUGCAUUUACAGUAUAAAUAAUGUACAUAGGCACAGGCCAGUUUGCUGUUAACUUCCAAGUGUAUUGUUAAGUCCCAGACGGCGACCACUAUUUCUCUCAAUAUUUGGAGCAAGAUAGUGUUGUUGGAAAUAUGGUAUAUGGCUUACAACUUUGAAGGGAA